UACACAAAGGUCGUAAAUGCCAUAUAAUAUCAGACCAGUAGUGUAGUAUGUAAUAUUGUAAGUCGUUAAAUUUUAACAUCAGUCUUGUUUGUAUAAUAAUGUAGCUGUAGCUAAUGGUUUUUUGCCACUCUAUACUGUCUAUUGAAAUAUAUAUUUAUUUAUAGUUUUAAUAGAAUAGAUUAUCGCGUAUGGUAUUUGUGAAUCCAGUAAAUAUUGUUACUAUGCAAGAUGAUGAUAAGCCGAUUGGGGACAAAACGUUUGAAAGGUUGCAGCAAAGGAGGCGGUGUCGGCGGUUGCGUUGAAUAACAAGUAUCUGAUCGGGUGAACGUUGCUGCUUCGGCCACGGCACCCGGUGAUGGGUCAUCUGAAUACCGUCACCACCGUCGAGUCGGCAAACUACAACGCGAAAUACGGCCCGACAGCGGCGGCGCCAACUGUUGCGACCACGACGCUGCAAGACGGUACCGUCAUCGUCAACGACACCCACGGCGGUACGACUACGAUGGAUACCACCAUCGUCGGUACAAUGCCAAACGGUACCGCUCCGCCAGAGCGGUCGGCCAGUGAUUAUUAUUUUUACGCGUACGACAAUACCACCGAAAUGGAUUCGUUCUUCCCUAUCAACGGUACCGGCCAGCCCGAGAUGUCGUAUGAGAAGUACUGCCAUUGGAUACCCGCCCAACAGAGUCUGUUCCAGUUCUCAAAUAUAUGUUUCCUCGCCGCCUUCAUAGUACCGAGGAGCUACAAACUCAGCGUGUUGUCCUUAAGGGCAUUGCUGUUUGUCGGAUUUGCAAUGUCUGGUCUGUGGGCUUCCACGGACGUUUGUGCGGCGGACGCGCUCUUCUGGUACAUGGCGAUGGCUCUGGUCAACGCUGUGUACGCCGUGAGGCUGUGCAGAAAGUUCAUGCCUCCGGCUCUUUCGGCCGAACUAUUGGAGCUGUACUUGCGGGUGUUCAAACCGUUGAAAGUAAGUCAAAAACACUUUCGAGAACUUACCCGGGAAGCCGCCAUCAUGGAACUUUCGCCCGGACAGUGUUAUGCGGUCGAAGCAAUCACGACGAGCGAUGAAAGACUAUCGGUAUUGCUCAAGGGCAGAUUCAACGUGACCUGUGAUGGUACUCAGUUGCACCACAUCAAUCAGUAUCAGUUUAUCGACUCUCCGGAAUGGAUGGCGUCGUAUCUCAUGCAUGGAGAGCCUGUAUUCCAAGUCACUAUAACGGCCGCCGAGGAUUGCGUUUACCUGUGUUGGCAACUUCCAAAGCUCAACCGGAUCCUUCGGCACAGGACACAACUACACGCCGUCCUCGCCGCUAUUAUAGGAAAAGAUGUAACGCACAAGAUGUAUUCUUUGAACGAGCAACUCGGCCAAGCAAAAAGUUUUGACGCUCAGACUCGCGCAGCCCGUAACGACCAUUGGCGGCAAGCGAUUUACAGAAGUGUUAGUUUCGACGCUGUCAACACAGGCACAAAAGGCACCGUCAGGUCCGAUGCUUGGAAACGAUACAGACAACGCAAAACUUCUAUAUUUUCCCAAACCAGCGACGGUUCGACUCACGGUAAACGGAAAUGUUGGAUCCCAGUCGUGGCUGCCACUCAAAUCGCUACCAACACACCGUAUAUAAGCAUGGACGGUCAGUCAGGAACGGACGAAGAACAAGAACCAAUGUUACCGGUCCAGCCCGAAGACAUACCGCUGUACCGGUUGAACGGACAACGGUCGAUGGCCCUCAUCCCGGUCAUGAUGCCCGUGGUACACAGUGCCAUUGGAAUGCAGUUGAACGCUCAACAACCGGGUUCAGCGCGACGGCACAGUAGCCACCAUUAUACCAACAACAGGGAGGUGAAAUUCAACGAGACCGUGCUUUAGUUGCUAGCCAUAAUAAUUAUUGUCGUACAGAAGAAAAUAGUUAGGUUAUUGUUAUGCGCACUUCUAAGAGUAGUUUAUACGCAUCAUGCACACCAUCAAAAUUAGUUAACUAGGAUACCGAGAACAAGAAUUAAGAGUGGUGUAGUUUGGCUGUUUAGCCGAUGACAAAAAAAUAAGCAUGUAGAGGUGGUAAGUACGGUUGAAUAUGGUGUAUAAAUAAGAAUCAACGGAGGUAAGCGAAAACUGGAUAAAGAUAUGGUAGUGAUCGAUCCAACUUGUGUGGUAACUACAUUAUGUUUUGAAUUGUUCAAUAAACAUUCAAACAUAUAAUUUAUUUAUUACUGACUUUGACGUUCUGCGGACCUAAUUUUCUUUCCAAUCCUUAUUUGUCGCAACAGCCUCCUUGGAUCUUAUUUGUUGGAUAGCUCAUCUAUUCUCUAACUUACCUACUGUUUUCUUUAAAUAUUUUAUUGCCAUUUUUACUGCUAUAUUAAAAAGUAGACAGCUUUGUAGAUUUUAAAAAUAUUCUGCGUCUUACAAAUUUAGUAGUGAUGUUUCUUAACAGAAACAAAAUGGGAUACUUAUUUUUUGUUAUCAUUGAUACAUUACGUCUUUUAGUUGCUUUCCCAAUUUUGAAUACAACUAGCAAAAAAUGUUGCCAAAAUUUAAUUUUUAAAACGUUAUUUAUUGUUUAUAAAUAAUAUUAAAACCAUUUAUGUGAAAACAGAAAAAAAAACAUUUUUAAAAUAGUUUUCCCUUUACUAUAUUAUCUACAUUUUUGGAGCUUUUUUUAAAUCAGGUAAACGAAAUUAUAGCGAGUAUAAAAAUGUGUUAUACAAUUAAAAAGUACAACUCAUGUUAUCCUCAAUGGAUCAAUUCUUACUUUACAAUCCUUCUUUUUGUAAUUUUUAACUUGGACCUUAUGUUAAACUUAUUAAGUACUGAAAAUAAUAAUGGCAUCAACUUGUGUAUUGUUUUAUAUACACAUACAUGUUUAAGUAUAAUUAUAAUAUUGAUUAUUGAUACCUAUCUACGUAAAAUAUUAUACAUAUUUGUUAUAUAAGAAUCAUUUACUUAAUAGUUUGACAAUGCAACUUAGUUUACUUACCGAAAAUGAAAACAUUAAGAAAGCAGCAAAAAAUAGGUUAGUCAUCGCCUCGGACAAUAAUUAUUCUGUAGUCAAUUAUGAACAAAUUAAACUUACCACCGAUAAUCAUAAUCUUCUUAGUUGUAGAACUAGUUAAGGUUUUUUUCUUUGAAUAUUUAAACAUCUAGUUAGGUUAGGUUAUAAUAUAACUAUUUUUAACGAUUCGUCAAGUAUUAAAUGAUAAGACGUGCUAGUCUUAAACAAAAUAAUAUUAUCUUCAGUAGUCUAUUAGGUUAUUUUAUAUUAUAGGUCCUCAGUGUGUGUAAUAAAAGCUUUUACUUUAGAUAGUAUUGAAUAAAAAUCUUAACAAAUGUUUAUGUGUUAACCCAUUAAUACUCAGUUCAUGUAUGAAAAUAAACUAAUAUUAAUACUCAAAAAUUCUCUUAUAGAAAACAAAAAACAUUUUUUUUUUUUUUGAGUUCAUGUCGAAGACUUAAAGUAUAUUGUAAUACAAUUCAAAAAUCUUUACACGACUUAUAGGCAAUCAUAAAAAAGACUAUUCCCUAAAAUAUUUUUCAAUCCCGUGUUAAUAAAUAGAAAUAAUUUGUAAAAACGACAUUGUAAAAGUUAAAAUUUGUGGGCCUAAUUUUUGUUACUAUAUUUUAAUGUUAAGGUUUUUUAACUAUU